AUGGCCACCAUCGUAGAAUCCUCUAGUGGCGAGCCGUCUUCGGCGCCGCAGUACGACCAAGGCUACGACGAUGAUACCCCGCUCUUCACCUGCCUCUCGUGCAGUAUCGCCUUCCCCAACCCGGAGGACCAGCGAGCGCAUUACCGCUCCGACCUGCAUCGAUACAACAUGAAGCGUCGAGUGGCCAACCUUCCACCCGUCAAGGCCGAUGUGUUCAACGCAAAGAUCCUCGAGCGACGUGCUGCUCUUGCCCAGGAGGCGCAGACUGCCGUUACACCGGACAAGUGCGAGGCGUGCGAUAAGAAGUUUGCCUCGCAGAAUGCGUAUCGCGACCAUCUCAACGCGAAGAAGCACAAGGAGAACCUCGCCAAGUUUGAAAAGAAGACUGCUUCGGCAGCAGCAGCAGCUUCUCAAGCCGAUUCGUCUAGCACUACAGAAUCGACCGGCGCCGAUGGAGAGCAGGUGCCUCUCGUCUUCCGUGUGCCGAAGCCAGCCGCCGAGCAGACCUCAUCCACAUCUACAUCAGCACCGGCACUGACAAGGACAACCACAGACGCGGCGAUCGUGGCUGCUGAGAAGAAACAGACCGCACGUGACACACUCCUUGUUUCCGAGAACGCUACCGAGGAGCAAAUCCAGGCUGCCAUCGACGCCAAGGUCGCUUCGUCGAGACGCAUCGAUCCGACACACGAAUGCAUCUUUUGCGCCAAGUCGGGCUUCGCGGAGCUCAAGGAUACGCUAGCGCACAUGUCCAAGGCGCACGGCUUCUUUAUUCCGGACUCGGAGUAUAUUGUUGAUCUUCCAGGGCUUGUCUCGUACCUGGCAGACAAGGUGAGCAUCGGAAACAUUUGCUUGUACUGCAAUGGCCGCGGGAAGGGAUUCCACAACGCCGAGUCGGUGAGGAACCACAUGCUGGACAAAUACCACUGCAAGAUCGCCUACUCGGAUCCGGAGGAUCAGCUCGAGCUCGGCGAUUUCUACGACUUCACCAGCUCGUAUCCGGCAGACGAGGAUGAGGAGUGGGAGGAUGCCGAUGGUGAUGAGGCUGAUGUGGACCAGGAUGGCAUGCAGGUCGACGGCGAGGACCAGGUUCGUGACCUCACCAUCACCAAGACGUCUUCCGUCGCUGACGAGGAGCGCGACGACCAGAUCCGAUACGGCGAUUCCGAACUGGAACUUGUCCUGCCCUCGGGCGCACGUCUCGGUCACCGCUCCCUCCGCCGCUACUACCAGCAGUCUCUGCGCGAAACCCCCAUGGGCUCCAGCGCAGCUGACCAAAACGACCUCUCGCGCAGAUACGGCGGCGGCGGCGCGCUCGCCCGUCGCCUCAUCGCCGAAAGCGGCAUGGGCCAUCAUGACGGCGACGGCACCCUGGUCACCGGCCGUCACGGCCAGGUGAUCAAGGCAAGGAACAGGGGUGAAGCCAGGGAGGCCAAGAAGCACAUCACCGAGUUCAGAGAUAGGAACAGACGCGAACAGUACAUGACCAGGAUCGGGUUCAGGAACAACAACCAGAAGCACUUCCGCGAUCCUCUCCUGCAAUAG